AUGAUGAUCCGUCCAAUCUUCUUGACUCUCGCACUCGCCGCGUACACCGCCUUUGCUCUCCAAUGCCACGUGGUUCCAACCGGUAACCUGUCCAUCCCAGACACCUCUCCAAAUCAGGAGUGCGCCAUCGGAUCGUUGUCGUGUCUCAAAGUGAUCGACUACACCCGCGGAACCUACACCAAACAAUGUCAAACCAUGAACUGCACGAUGAACGGACUUCAAAACGCUGUGGCCAACUGCCAAAACACAUCGGCUUUUGGUGUCAGUGGAGCGACUUGCUGCUGCUACGGAGAUGGCUGUAACUCUGCCCCAAAAACCGGAUUCGUCACCGCCUUCGGACUCACCGCUGCUCUUGUUUCCCUCAUGAAGAUCGUCGCCUAA